CCAUUUGCAAUUCAAAAGAAGAGUCAGAAGCUCAUAUAUAGUAAUCAAGCAUGGAUCUGAACCAGUCAGUUCAUCACUAUCGAUGUUCUUCCCCAGCUCCAAUUGCGCAAGUUCAUAACUUCAUGCAUGUAUCUUCUCCCAUGAUUUCUCUUAAUAACAUUCAUCGGCAGUACUCUCCAAAUAAUGAGAUGGGAGAAGAAAAUCUGCAGUCUCGUGUGCUACAAUUGCAAAGGCAAAACUUACAGUUAUUCUGGCAUCAACAAAUACUAGAAAUCGAUCAACUUUCAGACUUCAAACAACAUAAUCUUCCCCUUGCAAGGAUCAAAAGGAUAAUGAAAUCUGACGAAGAUGUCAAGAUGAUAAGUGCGGAUGCACCCGUACUAUUCUCCAAGGCUUGUGAACUCUUUAUCUUAGAGCUCACACUCAGGUCAUGGUUGAACACCGAAGAAAGUAGAAGAAGAACUCUUCAGAGGAUCGACAUUGCCAAUGCUGUUAACCGUGGAGAAGUUCUUGACUUCCUCGUCGACGUUGUCCCAGCCAACGAUUCUCAGGAUGAAGAGUGCGAGAAAAACUGUGGAGGAGCUGAAUUGUCUCCCUCAUCAAAUGGACUCAUGAAUUUCGCUGUUUCCGAUCAUCAGUUUUAGCUGAAUCGAUCUACUAUCUAUUCUAGUAAUUAAAGGUUAAUAAAUAUGCGACCAUCAUCGCCAUCAAUUUCAGGUGAAAAAUCUGCCUGAGAGUGGAGGAUAGAGGAAUGGCGCUGGAGAUUUCAGUCUUCCUAGUGAUCACAAAGUGUUCUAAUAAUGUCGCGAUACAUGUAAAAGCUUUGGACUAUGGAUCAUCAAUAUAAAAAAUCUUUUUUAAUUCGCAAAUGUUAGUUUGUUAAUAGUGUUAACUGUUAUGUUACACAUGCAUGCUUAAUUUUGGACUUUGCCAAGCUAAGAUUGU